CCGUUUUCACGUUUUUUCUCGAGAAGUCGCAGAAGUUCGGAGCGAGCGCGGGCGGGGAGAGCCGCCGGCGCCGCCUUGGAGCCCGAAGCCGGCCCCGAUUUCCCCCCUCCCCACAGAGCCUUCCCGUCCGCCCCAGGCGUCGGGGCCCCCCAAGGCCGGCCCGGGGUCUGCUCCGACUUGUGCUGCUGGCGGGGUUGCGCUCCUUCUUCUUAAAGAUGAAAGAAGGCACGGUUGUCUUUGCCGCUUCUCCAGGACUGUUGCUGCCUCCGCCGCUGCUUCAUUGACAUUCAAGUGGAAAUUUUCAGGAGUCAGCAAAGAAACAUUGUGUCCAAAAAGACUGAGUCGCAGUUACCACCAAACCCUGGAGGAGACUCUCCCUGGAAAACUUCCCUUCGGUUUAUUUUCUUGAAAAGGCUCCAGGCUUCGGCUUGGAAAAUCCAACCGCCAAAAUUGAGCCCAGCAGCUGGAGCGGCAGUGAGAGCCCUGCCGAAAACAUGGAAAGGAUGAGUGACUCUGCAGAUAAGCCAAUUGACAACGAUGCAGAAGGGGUCUGGAGCCCUGAUAUUGAGCAGAGCUUUCAGGAAGCCUUGGCUAUCUAUCCACCAUGUGGGAGGAGGAAAAUCAUCUUAUCAGACGAAGGCAAGAUGUAUGGUAGGAAUGAAUUGAUAGCCAGAUACAUCAAACUCAGGACAGGGAAGACGAGGACCAGAAAACAGGUGUCUAGUCAUAUACAGGUCUUAGCAAGAAAGAAAGUUCGAGAAAUUCAAGCCGCCAUUAAGGUGUCUAGUCACAUUCAGGUUCUUGCCAGAAGGAAAUCUCGUGAUUUUCAUUCCAAGCUAAAGGUGACAAGCAUGGAUCAGACUGCAAAGGAUAAGGCACUUCAGCAUAUGGCUGCCAUGUCGUCAGCCCAGAUCGUCUCGGCCACUGCCAUUCACAACAAGCUGGGGCUUCCUGGGAUUCCACGCCCCACCUUCCCGGGGGCGCCGGGGUUCUGGCCGGGAAUGAUACAAACAGGGCAGCCAGGAUCUUCACAAGAUGUCAAGCCCUUCGUGCAGCAGGCCUACCCCAUUCAGCCAGCGGUCACAGCCCCCAUUCCAGGUUUUGAGCCUGCGUCAGCCCCAGCUCCCUCAGUCCCUGCCUGGCAGGGCCGCUCCAUUGGCACAACCAAACUUCGCCUGGUGGAAUUCUCCGCUUUCCUCGAACAGCAGCGAGACCCAGACUCGUACAACAAACACCUCUUCGUGCACAUUGGGCACGCCAACCAUUCUUACAGUGACCCAUUGCUCGAAUCAGUGGACAUUCGUCAGAUUUAUGACAAAUUUCCUGAAAAGAAAGGUGGCUUAAAGGAACUGUUUGGAAAGGGCCCUCAAAAUGCCUUCUUCCUCGUAAAAUUCUGGGCCGAUUUAAACUGCAAUAUUCAAGAUGAUGCCGGGGCUUUUUACGGUGUAACCAGUCAGUAUGAGAGUUCUGAAAAUAUGACAGUCACCUGUUCCACCAAAGUUUGCUCCUUUGGGAAGCAAGUAGUAGAAAAAGUAGAGACGGAGUAUGCAAGGUUUGAGAAUGGCCGAUUUGUAUACCGAAUAAACCGCUCCCCGAUGUGUGAAUACAUGAUCAACUUCAUCCACAAGCUCAAACACUUACCAGAGAAAUAUAUGAUGAAUAGUGUUUUGGAAAACUUCACAAUUUUAUUGGUGGUAACAAACAGGGAUACACAAGAAACUCUCCUCUGCAUGGCCUGUGUAUUUGAAGUUUCAAAUAGUGAACAUGGAGCACAACAUCAUAUUUACAGGCUUGUAAAGGACUGAACAUGGUUAUUUAUAUAUAUAGAUACCUGUAUAUACACACACACACACAUAUGUGCGCACACACACACUCUCUCUCCAUUAUUGAAUGACUGACUGUAAACCUCACCACACAGGGUGGUCCCCUGACCCUGAGGUCACCCUACUUUUCUAAAUCCUGUUUGAGUGAAGUCAUUUUUUCAUGUAUUCAUACUAUCAUUGUAGCUGUGAAGUUCUGGUACAGUUGUAAAAAGAGAAAUCGAGUUGUUUCUAUGUGUUCUUCAGAUCUGCAGCCCACAAUUUCUCGGGAAAGGUGAACCUUAAGAACCCAAGUCUCUGUCUGCAGAGACCUGUUUCUAAUUGUGGUAGAAAAUAUCCAGACAGAGCAUUUGCCGUGGGACAUUUACAGCCUUUAUACAAAUGUAUUUAGUUCUUUUGUUUUUCCAACAGAAAAUUCUUGUUUUAAGAUACAAGUAAAAUUAAUCUUUAAAUAUAAAUGUAAAUUAGUACACAAAACUAAGAAUCUUUAGACUUAUCUUUGUAACUAAUUAGGGUGGAAGUUAUGAAAGAAUGUAAUUCACUAAAUUAUUUUUUAAAUGAAACUUUUCUUUCUUUUUUGAAACCAAAUGUUAAAAUAUAGCCUUAAGAAAUGCUUGGUAGAAAUAUCCUAAUGAGACAAAUUUGUACUUUUUUUGCAAGGUUAAAACUAAUCUCCUAAUCCAUUAAACUCUUGAACAGGUAUUACAAAAGAAGAAACCUUCACCCCUUAUCCUUAACAUAUAUAGUAUAUUUAAAAAUAUAAAAUUGUAUUGUACUAAUGUGAUAAUUGAUUAUUUAAUGAAAAAGAAAAGAUGGCUUUUUUUUUGCAAUAAGUAGAUAAAUACUGAAAAUCUAAACUUACAAUGUUUAUAGUCUUGUGUGUGCAGUUAUAUUUUAUAUGGACAACCAAAUUUUUUACUAAGAUGCGUAAAUAUUUGAACCACUGAAAUUUAAUAACAAAAAAAUUAAAAUUGGCAUGAAUACUGCACUGUGAGCUGCAAAGUAUAGAAAAUCCUGUGGCUGGGAGAACAUUUCAUCAACCAAACAAGUUAAAGGCUCUUCAGUUUUAGCAUCUCUGCUUCCCAGAAAUUCACAAGCAUCCUCACCAGCCUGUGGAUAAAUUGUUUAUUUCUGGUGAUCCAAUAUGCAUAUUUACCUGCUAUGAUUAUAUGUGUAUCUAUGUGUUUGUGUAUACAUAUAUACACAUAUACAUAUAUAGUUAUUCAACACAUAUUUAUUGAACAUCUAUUUAGUGUCACUCAGUUUGCUAGGUGCUGAUAUGUAUAUAUAUAUAUAUAUCUCAAUCUGUUUCUGUAGCUCGAUAUAUUCUCCAAGGACAUCGUCCAUUUUCUUGUCAUCUCUCAAUUAGUCACAGUACUUGUUUGACUGAGGUUUAAGAGGCCCAGCUGUCUAUCUCUGACCUUUUCAAACAGGCUCAUUUGGGAGGUGUUUCCUUCCCAGGAGAGAUUCAACUUUCCAACCCAAAUAUUCCAAAGCAUGGCCCAGGCACAGUUGGUUGGAUAUAGCCACACAUCUUGGGUUCUUUACAUAAGUGCUUCAUUGGAAAAUACCCCCAAUGGGCAUACCCCCCAACUUCCCAGAGGAAAGGGACAUUUUUGUAAUUGUGAGGAAUAUGUUAACACCGUAGAUCAUGAAAUAAGUUUCAUAAGAUGUGAAACAUGUCAAGACUUUUAUAUCAAGCCCAAAAUACUGACUUUGUUUUAUCACAUCCAAGUAACUUAUACACCCCCUUUCCUGUCUCACUGCCUGCUCUGACCCUGCUUGUAUAUUGGUUAGGAUCUGGUGGUCGUGAGCAUGAGGGCGUGGCCGGCUCGUGGCAACAGAACACUGCAGCACACCUGACCUCUCCCACACUCAUGCCAUUGGUCACUGGGAAGACCAGGGGAGAACGUGCAAAAACUACCCCAUGUGGAACGUGCAUCCCCUACAUAAACUAGUAGGAUGGUACCCAUCUUCCCUCUGUAAAGCGACUACCAUUUGUUUCCUGAUUCCAAGUGAGCCUUGGAAGGAUUGCCCCAGUGGUCUGCUCUUCCAUCUGCUCUUCAGCCCAAGCACUUAAGCUUCCGUGAUCAUCAUCUUUACAACUUCUGUUGGUCGCUCCUAUUAGCAGGGAUGCUUCUCUUGCUCCUGUCCUGCACUUCCCUCAAAGGAACCCCCACUCUUCCAGGACCAGGACCCUAUGAAGGUGGGCAAAUGAUUUACGCGGCUCAAAGCCAGGCCAUCCCAGAACUCCAGGGGAGAGGUGUCUGGUUCCCACCCAGGAAUGAGGCUCCUCCGUGCUGCCAGGAGGGCUCUUGGGAUUUACUUUUCAAAGCACAAACACACUGAGAUCCAAGAAGGCCGGCUAGGAGGGAGUUCUGUUGGCUGCAGAGAACAGCAUACCCUGGCCUGCUGACUCAGUCUCCUGGGCCCUCUGAUUCACCACCAAUGUCCUCCUCCCCCGAAUGCCUUGGUAGAUGAAUUUGGGGGGUUUACAUGAACAACCUUGAGGAUUACAUUUUGCUCCUAAAACAUUUCUAAGAUCUAUUAUUUCUUGUCUUGCUUUUCUCAAGUUUUCUCCAGGGCAGAUAUUUUUCCUAUCAUAUCCACUGGUCCAGUCACCCAAACUCUUGGCCCUCUUCGUCUCUCCCAUAUUAGACCUUAGGUUGGCAUUUGUGUCCAACAUCGAAUCCACGUCUGUCUUUGGUCUUUGGCCCUUUACGGCAGUCUCUCCUCCCUUUGUCGGUAAAGCUUUCUAAACCAUAAAGAAGCCUUUCCAAGGCUCUGUCUUCACUGUUCGCUCCCAGGUGCUUCCUCUCCUGGUGACCCUCCACUACCAGGUUUCAUUCAGGGACCUCUCAUGCUUUCACUGGAGAAAUUGGAGGCCAGUUUUCCACAACUUAAAUGGAGUAGCUGAAGAACUGGGCUCUGGUCUGUUGGCAUUCUUUUCCAUCUUAGCAAGACCUACAAUAAAAUCAGGACUUCUUCAAGAACAUGUGCUAGAAUUCCAGAAUGUCCAAACUACCCUAGACCAGUGUCACCCUCAAUCCUGUUGACAUUUUGUACCAGAGGAUUCUUUGUUGUGUGGAGUUGUCCUAUACAUUACAGGUUUGGCAGCAUCCCUGGCCUCUGCUCACGAGAUGCUAGUAGCACCCCUUCCCUCAGUUGUCACAACCCAAAAUGACUUCAGACAUUGCCAAAUUUCCCAGGGGGCACAAAAGUUGAAAACCUCUGCCCUAGAUCUUACAGGUGACAAAUACCGUAUUUGAGAUUUUCCUUUUUCCUUCCAUUUCACCCCGAGAUAGUGUCUCUCCGUAUUUCAAGUCAUCAGGAGGCAGGUAGGAAUAUUAUGCAAGUGACCUUGUGUCUGUGUUUCUUCCUGUUUUAAACUUCCACUUCACAACAGAUUCUCUCUUGCCACAAGUAUUCUUACACUCAUCCCUGGGGAAGUUGGGAACAGCUGGUCACCAUCAUCCCUCUGAUCAACUCACACCUAUUUAAAGAGCAUUUCUAAUUUGAUCUUUAACUCUUACUUUACUGGGUAAAAAUAAAUCCCAGCUAUUUUCAUUAUUUCCCAUAAGCUCAUGGGUCUCAUUAUCAAACCUUUCAUCAUUUCAGUCCAUUUGCUCUGGUCUUCUACUUUCUGCCUUUUCUACACUCAAUGCUGUUUGUAAUUUGUGAAAGCCUCUGGAACAUGUCUUUUCAUCUGGAGGGAUGGAGGAGAGAGGGAUCUGUGCCAGAAGAGGGCUGAUAGUAAUUUGUGUUUCUUUAUUGAGCUCAAAGAGAGCACAACCUAUUCUCCUUCAUUUUGUAGAUGAGAAAGUUGAGGCUCUGAAGGGAGAUGACUUGCCCCAAAUCACACAGCUUGGUUAGUGGCAGAAUAAGGGUGAUGCUUUGGGAGGCCUGCCACCUACUCUUCAGCCUCUUCUGGGGAGGUUGUUCCUCUUUGGUGCUCAGGCUGAAAUGAUCCCUACAGAUGUGUGGACAGUGCCAGUUCAGAAGAGAGAGGGAGAGAAGAGCCCCCCUUUGCCAGAGCCACGGCAUCACCCCCAUGCUGAUGCCGCUUCUCACACCCCACAGGGCCUUGUCUGCCUGGAGCUCUCUGAGCAUUUACAAGCGGAUAUGAAAUCUGAUGAGCCUUUUCGCUUACUCUGAGGACAGUUCACCCGCCACAGGCUCGGAGUCAAAUGUCUAUUUUCUAAGCAUCCCAGCAGCAGAAUCCCACACUCAGACCAGCCAAACAACAGGCCCCGUUCCAAGCACUUGGUGUUACAAGUCCCCGGAUGACUUUAAAACCCAAGUCUGUAGGUUUCAAUGCUGUAGUGGCUUUAGCAGUUUGUUUUUGUACAACCAUAAAUUAUUUAAAUCAUAUGAGAUGACAGUCAACUUUUCAAAUCCUGGUACCUAUAAUUUGUAUAAUAUUGUAUAUGCUCUGGUACACUACGCUUGUCCUAACGAAGGGUAGAACCAGUUUUGUCUGUUGGUGUUCACACCUGUAACAUUAAGAGGAUAUGUCAGCACCGCUCAUUUCUUUAUGUUGAUGUUUCUGUGGCAAAGCCCUGCACAUGUCAUUUCUGAAAAGCCUUAAAUCUUUGAGAUGUUGCGUGUAGGGUGUGCAGUGCAAAAGGGUGCCUCGGAACUGUGAGCCCUUUUGUAAGCUGGAAACAUUUCUCUUACUACUGUUCCUUUUUUAGGGAGUUUUAAAUUCAGAGCUGCCAAAGCGUUCCAGUAAGCAGUGCCUUAGUGAUAUCUUAGUUGUGCCGCCAGCCUUUUCUUACACCAGUUUUCAAUGUCCAUUGACUAAUUGGCCCAAUAUUUAAAAUAAAACAAGCAGGAAUUGUUUGCAUUUUGUUUGGUAAGCCCAUUUUUCUCCAGUUCUAUAGACAACUGACCACUUGGUCUAAAAGCUAAAACUGAACAGAAGUUCGUUCUUUGACCACACCUUCAAUGUAUAUACCAAAAUGAAAGGUUUUGCAACUUCAUAGUUGACUAUGAAAAAGCAAAUUGUACUUUUAAUGUUGCCUUUUAAAUUCACGACCAAAUACUUAGCUAUUUGUGAAUCUUCUGCACUCUAGCAUGAAAGUGCCUUUGGUUUGAGAUUCCAGCUUAGAAAAGUGCUGCCAUAAUAACGAUCAUUUGUAGAGAGACCAAAAAUAUUUUGAGAUCACCGUAAUGCCUUUGGUUCACCGGGAUGAGUAACCAACCCCAAGCCUCUGUUCACAAGAGCACGACAUGGACCCUGCCUGCUGGGAGUCUGUCUGCCGUGGAGACCCCCCACUACCACUCAUCAGGAGCACACAACAGCAGGAGUGGACCCAGGGACUGUUGUGUUUGUGUGUGCCGACGACCCCACAUGUCGUCACUGCCCAUCACCCAGCCCUGCAUCCGUGUGAAGGAACUUCCACACAAACGACAGGCUCUCGGCCACUGGACAGACUUGUCCUCCUCCUAACGUUCAUGUUCGGUCUCUGUGGAGGCUUGUUUUCCAUUCAGAUGAGUGCGCACUUACCUGGUUCCCACAAUGAUACCAUUUGCAGAGUUGGAAGCCUCAACCUGAGAUGCCAGUGCAGAACAAAAAUGAGUUAGGGUCAUGACAGUUGAAGUGUUCUUCUUAGGGCGAAAAUGUUGACUCUGAGUGUUGUGUAUGAAUGUGCUGUGAGAAACUUCCAAAGAGCACCAUUCACAAUUCGGCAUUUUCCAAGAAUGUUCCAGCCCUCAAAAGGGCAACCCUUGAAAGUCCAUGUUGGCUUUGAGCAAAGCAUUUUAUAAAUUGGGAAAGCUGAUAGAGGUAAGGAAGAGGAAUGAAAAGGACAAGAAGGCAAAAACACCAGCCAAACAAAAGCCAAGGAAAAAAAGAUUUUUCUUUACCAAUAUAGACUUAAAAAUGACAGCAGACAUCUUUGAAAGUUAGCCUCUGAACUCUUAAUGCGUAUGUUCUGUCUGUCUCUCUAUCUGGUGUCUUUAAGAACACCCUAUCUGGGCUCUGAAAUUUCAGGAGUGAUUUCUAUCCACACCAAGUUGUGAGUAUUAUAGAAAUUUCUACAAAAAAAAAAAAAAAAACCAAAUGAAAAGAAAAAUUACUCAACACAAGUUAUAGUUAGCUGCUUGAAUUCAGCCCCUUUCUGUCAGUGUACUAUAUAUACCACAACUUGGAAGAAAUUAGUCAAAUACUUGCUUCCUCUUCUCUUUUCAACUGUUACUGUGCUUUGUUUGGCAAUAGUUUUCUCUCAGAAAUUCAUUGCUUACAUUGUUAAGAAUGAAGAUUUUGUGUUUAAAAUUUAUUGCAUUGCAAAGGAUAGUUUCACUGAAGUCAUGCACCAUUAAAUAAGAUGAAAUAUUUGUAUUUAUUGUCCUACUUCGUAAGCCGCAACUUGUUUUAUUCUCUGUGAAUUUGCAUUGAGUCAGUCAUACGCCACACUACAUCAUUUUAGUAUUUGAAAUAGCAUUUAUGUUCCUCACUCGUUCAUCAUUGAAUGGAGUCAGAUUCCAGUAGAUUCCACCACUCAGGUGGACUCUCUUACGUCUGGCUUCCAUUGUGAUAUUGUUUCUCCUUACCCUUUCUCUAAGAGGCUGACAGAAUCUAGGCGUAAAUCAAUUGGAAACCAAUCUGAUUUUUUUCAUUUUUGUGCAUCAAUCAUUUUCUGUGAUUAGUUUCACUGUAUAAAUUAGCUAUUAACUGCACCUCUUUAAAAAAAAAAAAUCUCCCUGUUACCUCCUUGAAAGAUUCACUUCUGUAGGCCUUUUUCAGUAGGCUCAUGACUGCAGAUAAAGUAAAAACAAAAACAGUAUGUGCCUAAAAAAAAAAUGACAAAAAAAAUUUUGUAACAUUUAAAAAGAGAAACCUGAAUAGCCUUUAAUUCUUUAAUAUGCUUAAAUUUUAUGUAAAUUAAUUGGUUUUUGCCACGUGUGUUUGUUCACAUUCUAAAUGACUUAAUGGGAUUUUCACGGUCCGUGUCUUCAUGUCAUGUGUAUAAAAUGGGCUUGUGAUGUAAACGUUUCAUCUGGUCAGUGGUUCCUUUGAUAUUGUACUGCUGCUGGGCGUGGGCUACGGAACCUCCCUUUGGGUAGCAAGGUUCCCCUUCGGUAGAUUGGAGAGAUGGGGGGUGGGGGGCAAAUUCUCACACACGUUUUCUUAACCUGUUUGCAGAAACUUUCAAAAGGCAUUUGGUUAAACCUCUUGGCAGUACAGUAUUCUCGUAUUUGUUAAUGUCUGUGUUUAGGUACUGGUACCUUUUUGUUUAAAAAUGUUCUAAGUGUUGGCUUUAAAGUGAAUUUAUCUUUAGUAUGAUAGUUAUAUGAAAAUUAUAGGGUUUGUGUGCAGAGAAUUUUUUUAUAAAGUGCUUUGUAAAAAAAAAAAAUGUAUUCUAGCUUUCGCGGUACAUAUGUGUGAUAACUUUAAUAUCCAUGACAGUUAAGUGCAAUUAUUUCAUCACUCUAAAAAUGCUAUUUUUGUGUCAGUUCCUGCAGGUGUUUUCAUGUCUUUGCAAAGUGACACAUUUUGAUGCCUUCUUGAUAAAGUGGUAGACAUUUUGUAGCUUUCUAGAAACUUUGUAUUCAUACGAUAUCGAUGAAAAAUAAAGAAAAUGAAAGUGUGGGUCA